GCCAUGCAGGCCCGGGGGACCCCGCGCCGGCCCCAGGCCCCGCGUGUCCAUCAUCCUCCCAGUCCACAAUGCUGAGCCGUGGUUGGACGAGUGCUUGAAUUCUGUUUUGCAACAGGACUUUGAAGGCACCAUGGAGCUCUCUAUAUUUAACGAUGCCAGUAAGGACAAGUCUGGGACUAUCAUUGAAAAAUGGAAAGUGAAGUUAGAAGAUUCUGGCAUCCUUGUGGUCAUUGGAGGGCAUGAUUCUCCUUCUCCCCGAGGAGUCGGAUAUUCUAAAAAUCAAGCAAUCGCCCAGAGCUCAGGGGAUUACCUUUGCUUUUUGGAUGCAGACGACGUGAUGAUGUCUCAGAGGGUGAGGCUGCAACACGAAGCUGCCGUCCAGCACCCGACCAGCAUCAUCGGCUGCCAGGUACGGAGAGACCCCCCUGACUCCACUGGACGGUACACACGUUGGGUCAACCAGCUGACGCCCGACCAGCUUCUGACCCAGGUCUUUACCUCGCACGGCCCGACGGUGAUCAUGCCCACCUGGUUCUGCUCCCGCGCAUGGCUUUCCCACGUGGGCCCCUUCGACGAGGGCGGUCAGGGUGUGCCCGAGGACCUGCUCCUCUUCUACCAGCACCUCAGGAAGGGCGGCGGGGCCGUCCGCGUGGACCAGACGCUGCUGCUCUACCGCUACCACCCGCAGGCGGCCACGCGCUCCGUCCUCGAGGCCACGAUCUGGACCCACCGCGUCCGCUUCCUGGAGGAGCGCGCGCUGCCGCACUGGGCCGCCUUCACCAUCUGGAACGCGGGCAAGCAGGGCCGCCGGCUGUACCGCAGCCUCAGCGCCGCCAGCAGGCGCAAGGUGGUCGCGUUCUGCGACGUGGACCAGAACAAGAUCCAGAAGGGCUUCUACUGCUACGAGGACUCUCAGGAGCGGCCCAAGCCCCGCGUGCCCGUCCUGCACUUCCGCGCCGCGCGGCCGCCCUUCGUCAUCUGCGUGAAGCUGGACCUCACCGGGGGCGCCUUUGAGGACAACCUGAGGUCGCUGCACCUGCAGGAGGGCAGGGACUUCCUCCUCUUCAGCUGAAGGCCCAGCCACGGCCACCCCAGAGGCCCCACAUCACCGUGAACGAGGUGGAAAUUACAGAAAAGACACCUCCUGCCCCAGAGGUCUACACUCAGGCAGGACAGACCGUCCACACAGCAGCUUCCCCGGAGGCCGCCCCUGCCUCGGCGCCUGCGGGGGCGGGCCCUGUGGGUCAGCUGCCGUGCAGCGCAGCAGAAACACGCGAGACGGGAUGGGACGUUUGAAGUUUCACUUGGACUGAGCUAGUUGUUACUCGUUAAAAAUAAAGACUGGCAGUGCUGUGGAGAAACACCGGGUCUGCUGCUCCUCUGUAGUGCAGGUAAGUUCUGAGGAUUCGUUUAAAGGGGAUUAUUUAUGGGGGACCCUCGUGCCCUAAUCUCCCCAACACCGAGAGGGCAGCGGCGCCUGGGAUUCCAGACACUCCACUGUCCCGAAGCUGAUGGUUUUAGGAUCUGAUCUAGAACGUUCCUUGGUGGCUGUUAAAGCUGGAAACACCACAGAAAGACGGGAUGCUGGGCCGGCCCUGUUGCCCCGGAGACGGCUGCUUCUGCCGAGCUUUGGGAGCGAAGAGGCUUGCGCCUCCCUAGACUAGAAAACCUGGACAGAGCCCUGAGGCCAGGAGGCCGCCUCUGUCCUCCCAGGCCCUGGCCGUGCUGUGUAGACGCCCACACGGCCUCUGAGUUUCCGUCCUUUUC